UCAGCAGCGGGCCGACCGAACGUCUCCUACCUACCUGAGGCCUUUCGAGUUUCCACGACUUUCACAAGUUAAUUUUUUCUUUAAUACUGGCAGCUGAAACGGAUCCAAAAAAAAUAACAGAAAAAAUUUCGUUGUCUGUAUGCAAAACUUUGUUCGAAAUUUAAAGUGUUCUUUCGGAGUUUUUUCCGGGUGUUCAAACUGUUUUGGAGCUGGAACUUGGAAAACUUUGCGUUGUGAAAAUAUUUCGGGUUUAGUUGGUAAAAUGACAUAGCACUUCAAAAUUGACUAUGUGACAUCAAAGCAUGAUGUUGGACACCGACGAGAUACCAUCUCUGGAAGUGUCCAAAACAGCUCCGAUAUAUGAUGACGUGACCGUAUCUACGACAGUCGAUGUAUAUGUAAAUGAGAGCAUUCCAUCAAAUACGUCAUGGCCAGACCAGGAGGCAAUUUGUGUGGCGGUUGCCUCGGGAGAUUUCCUGUCCUCACCUCUAUUCCAAUCUUGCGUUUACAUCAUGUACUGUAUAGUCUUUGUCGUGGCCCUGCUAGGGAAUGGACUAGUAUGCUUCGUAGUGCAAACAUCGCCGCGAAUGAAGACCGUAACAAACUACUUCAUAGUGAACUUAGCUGUAGGUGAUAUUCUAAUGACACUGUUCUGUGUGCCGUUUUCAUUUGUGUCAAUGUUGGUAUUGAGGUACUGGCCGUUUGGGGCCGUGAUGUGUAAAGUGGUGAAUUACUCUCAAGCGGUGUCAGUGUUGGUGAGUGCGUACACGCUGCUGGCUAUAUCGAUAGACCGGUAUAUGGCCAUAAUGCGUCCACUGAGGCCGCGGCUCGGCAAGGCGGCCGCGAAGCUGGUAGUGGCGGCGGUGUGGGGCGGAGCGCUAGCGACUGCAGCCCCUAUCCCCAUCGUCUCCCAAAUACAAAGGCCGACGGAGUGGCAUCGGUUUUGUGAAGCAGAUAUUUGCCUCGAACAGUGGGAGCGCGCGGAGCAGAGCGAGCAGUACACGUGCGCGCUCCUCGCGCUGCAGUUCGUGCUGCCCCUGAGCGCGCUGGUGUGCACGUACGCGCGCAUCGCGCACGUCGUGUGGGGGGGCCGGCCGCCGGGGGAGGCGCAGACGCUCAGAGACUCCAGGAUGCAACGCUCCAAGAGAAAAAUGAUCAAGAUGAUGCUGACAGUAGUGGCAGUGUUCACAGUGUGUUGGCUGCCACUCAACGUGUUCAUUGUUCUAUGGACGAUACACGAGGAUGACAUGGCGUGGGCGGCGUGGCCAGGCAUGCCGUAUGUUUGGUUCGCGUCGCACUGGCUGGCGAUGUCGCACUCCUGCUACAACCCCAUCAUAUACUGCUACAUGAACGCUCGCUACCGGCGCGGGUUCAAACAGGCGCUGUGCUGUUUGCUCCGAGUUCGUCUGGAGCAGCCCUCGCGGUCGUGUCACAGGUCUAGUCUGUGUGAUGGAGUACCCAUGUCAGAAAUGGUGGGCGUGAACGGCAUCUCGCGCCGGGGCACGACCAGCAGCUGCGUGAGCCGCAUCCAUCGGGCCCCCACCUGCUCCUCCUGCUCCUCAUUCCGCCGCAAUGGGCUGCUGGCGGUCAAUAACAGCCCAGGGCCGCCCACCAUGAGGAUCACCAACCCGCCCGUACGAGCUCUCUCCGUCCGCACGCACUUUAAUUGAAUUAUUUCCCUUAUAUCUUAUUAAUUAAUUAAUUUAUUUAUUUAUUUACAAUCAUUAAUCAUCAUCAUCUGCCCUGCCUUUUCCCAUUCUUCUUGUCUUCUCCCACAAUGUUCUAUUAGCUCUCAUGUUAAAGUCCGUUUCUAAUAUCAUAUCGUCCCUAACACACCAUCCAACUUUUAUUCGGUUUUUCUCUCUCCAUACAUCCAUCAACCUUGAAUUUCAAAAUGUUUUAGUUGAUCAAUUCUCCUCGUAACAUGUUCACACCAAUCAGUCUAGUCAGUCUAUUGCCUCUAAUCUUAUCAUUUAUUGACUUCUAAUUUUAUCAAAAGUUUUUUUUCUUGUCACCAUAUGCCAAAUGAUCCAAUUUAUUUAUUAUAUGAUGACUCAAAGAUCCCACAUAAUUAUUUUCCUUUAAUAUCUCCAAUGUACAUACAUAGCUCACUUAUAGUUUUUAUAAAUGUUUAGUUAUGAUAAUAUUAUAUCUUGCCAUAUUCUAUAUAUUUUCCGGGCUCCACAGCCUGUUUCACCACUAUCUGAUAAAUUGUUGUAUUGUUUUCUGUCAGAUUGACCAACUGCAAGAUAAAUCUGCCUAAAAUUAUUUGUCAGUUAGCACUAUUCAACACUUAUGAAAUACAUUUUAUACGCUACUUGUUCGAUACGAGUAUGUUACGUAUAAGCUAUCAGAUACUCUAUCAGCAGCCAGUGAAAUAGGGCCUUUACCUCGUAUAGAUUUAUUUGUGAACGAAUUACGAAGCAGAAGGCAUACAAAAUCUUCACGAAACGUGACCGACGUCCGUCCAAAAAUAUAUUCUGAAAGGAAACUUCUCUUAAUAAAAUUUCAUAAAUAUUUUGAUCAAAAUGUUCCGGGAAUUUUAUUUCAAUUAGUGGACCGUCCCGACUUCGAGUGGGUAAAUCAUAAUAAAUUAUUUACCUAAACCUUUCUCAGGAAUCACUAUCUAGUGGUGAAAACAGUAUGAAUAUAGUAUACAUAUACAGUUAUUUUCGAGUUUAUCACGAACAGACAGACGCGGUAGAGGACAUUGUUUUUAAUAUGUAAAAAUUAUGUGAAAAUAUAAGUUUAACGAUUACAAAAGUUAAAAAUUAAAGCUUGGGACUUUUUUAUUAUAGUCUGUAUAACCCGUUAUUUUUUAUCAUAGUCUUUGAAUUGAAUCACAUUUUUUUCCCUUGCAAAUAAUUAUUUCAAUAAUAACAAAGUGAAAGAAAUGUAAUAAUUUGUCUGCACACUGAGAUUGGUAUGAUUAUAGUGCAGUAUGUCAGGUUAAAUCUAUCAAUGUUGUUUUUAUGCCUGUUCAAAAAUAUAUUUAAAAAAAACUACGCCUACAGAUAAAUUCUUGAACUAACAAUUCGAAGUAAUAAGUUUUUCUAGGUACAGUCAACAGCACAUCAAGUUACAUACCUACAUGAAUCUCUACGGCGCGGUAAUAACGGCGAGUUUACAAUUAAUUUGGGUAGAUUGAUGUACUGUUGACUGUACCAGAUUUAACCGACAUACAUACUACAUAUCGCAAACUCCUCUGACGCUGUCCUCGAUUCUAGAUCCACAACCGUUUGCCAGUUUUUUCGGAUACGGUCGUUAUCACGUAGGUUCUAUAAAAUUAAAUCCAAUGGGCAAACACAUGUGCCAGAAUUCGAUAUUUCACCAUAGGAUUUCAUUUUGCGUGUAUAUAUGGUACUUAUAUGCAUAACACAUGCUUUAUUUUUGCAUCCAGUUGAAGGAUAUUUUCCGUAUAAACCAUAUCCAUUCCUAUCACCAGGGAAAUAUUAUAUAGUUAAUUUCGUAAGGUUCUCAGCUAGUUCUAUGACCUUAUGAACGGUCGUAUAUAACACAAACAUAAUAAGAUCCAAAGUCCACUAUUAUUUUUUCCGAACUUAUUAAUAAUAAAAUUAAAUUAUAAAUAGAAUAGAAGUUUUUUU